AAUGUCAGUCAGUCAUCAAAUCAAUUGAGAUAAUGAAAUUAAAUAUUAAUAGAUUAUCAUCUCUUUCGGUGACUUUAAUACUAUCAACCAUUUUGUAUGAAAAACGGAAACGACAACCACAACAACGGCCGUUGAUGUCAUUCAAUGCAAAUGUUAACCGUAUCCUCAAAACUGUUUAUAUGGAUACACCGACACCAAUGCAAGCCGUUGUGUCGGUAAAGAUGGCUAAUUACAAUUAUCCCACAGAUUUUCUGGGCGAAGGAACGGGAGUUGUGGUCAACAAUCAAUUCAAUUUUAUUGUCACCAAUUAUCAUGUGGUCGCCGGCAAUAGCAAAGCAAUGAUCAAAUUUUACGACACAUACGAUGCAGAUCUCAUCGAAGGCCAACGGUUUGGUUCAAGUGUUGGACAGGUUAUGGGUGAUGUUGUCUACGUUGAACCACAGCUUGAUUUAUCGCUUAUUAAGCUCCGAGAGGUCAAAUCCAAUCGACUAACACAAUUGAUUCCGGCAACACGUGAACCGAUUAUUGGCGAACCGGUUGCACUGAUGGGAAAUGCUGACAACUUUUUUAUCUCAUGGGAUGGAUUUGUUAUGACAUACAAUCACUCCAAUAAUAUGAAUUGUAGUGAUUAUUACAUAAUGGCAUUCAGUCUCGAUCCGAGCAAAUUGUUUGUAUAUCACACCUGUACGUCAACCUCUGGUUUUUCUGGCAGUCCGCUUCUCAAUAGCGAACUCAAUAUAUCGGGCGUACAUUUCGGACAAAAUUAUGUACCACUUUAUCGUGUGGCUACUACUAGUCUAAAUUUAAUAGACUUUGGUCUCAGAGGAUACAAGUAUUUCCUGUCACAAAACAAUACGACAAAUAAAAAUAUACGCGAAAUGAAGUAUACAAUUGAAAACAUUUAUACAUUGGGUGUUAUCAUCACUAAAAACUUAUUGUCCGACGAAUUCAUUAUUGAGGACACAUUGCCUGAAACACAAGCAAUUGAAGUAUUGAAAAAUGGUGACAUAAUUGUAGAGACAAAUGGACAUAAAUUGACUGAUAUUCGCCAAUUAAUCGACUUUCUCGAUGAUUGUGAUGACGAUAGUGUUAUUCAGUUAAUGGUUAGACGCAAUAGUAAUGAGACGAUUGCUGUCACAGUUACGGAAGUUUCCGAUGAAUUUCCUAUUGUUAUCUAA